ACCAAAAGGUACACGAGCGUGAAUGAGCUUUACUUUGCAUUUGAUGAUCAUACGCCAGCUGCCUCACCGCGUCGGCCAUCGCCGCUUCCCAUGACGUGGCAUUCGGUUGCCCUGCUCCCGGUUAGGAUCCGGUUUUUCCGGGAAAAUUCCAUUGGAACAUGCUGGCAGACAGGAGAGUGACGCAGAGCCGUCGGCGAAGAAUGCAGCCGGUCAAAACUCCAGCCUUCUUCCUCAUCGGCAGCUAGUCUUUCUCGUCCUGCUCAUCGUUAACGAAACCACAGAGCUACAGCAACUGGCUCACAUCGUCUUUCCUCGCACACUUAUACACGUAGCAUAGCACCAUGUCCGGCACGCUGUCUUCUUUCGCCAUCCCCGCCGCCUUUCCUCUCGUCGGCCUAAGUCUUGUCGCUACUGCGACCUUGACCUUCUGGCAAGGUCUGCUUGUAUCUGCAGCGAGGAAAGAGGCUGGUGUCCAUUACCCAAAUCUGUACGCUACCGAUGCGGAGGCCAAAGCAGACAAGAAGAAGCUCGUUUACAACUGCACGCAACGAGCUCAUGCCAACACACUCGAGAACGUGACUACCAUCGUCACUCUGACCAUCUUCCUUGGAUUGUAUCAUCCCAAGGUCGCUGCCGCUUCCAACUUCAUCUGGGUCGUUGGAAGAGUCUUGUACACUCUCGGAUACAAGACCGGAGACCCAGCUACCAGGAACAAGACCGGUGGACCAUUCGGAUACAUUGGACUCCUCACUCUCUUCUUCGGCACCAUCUACACCGCCGGUACCAAGGCUUACCACCUAUACGUCUAAGUCAAAAAGUGUAUCGUAAUAUACCCUUUACGACCCUUCCAAAAGCAGAAGCUCAUGGCGGAUCAAUGCAUGAUUUUGCUCUACUUGUCCGAGACAUCUGCACCAUAGGACCGAGUUGCGAGGCUCGGGAUCCAUGACGCUGCCUGAUCCGAAAUUUCGGCACCCGCUCC